AUGAUACAAAAGUUUGCCACCAACGGAAAAUACAAAGCUCUCAUGUCAAAAUUUGAAGUUAAUUCCCAGGCUCUCCUUUGGAGGCUUGCUUUCCAAGCUCUUGGGAAUUAUCCAAGUGAGGCCCCCAUGGAGUGGUUGAGAACGUGUGUUGCCCACUGUACACCACGGGUUAGUUGCAACCGGGGGCCGACGUCGGAGCCGACGUCAAACCAACCCUACCGACCCCGCCCUAAUCGGCUGGUGUGUUUCUAUGCGGGAGGUGUCGGGAGCCGCCGUUGGCCCAACCCUCCCACGCGGACAUUACGUGGGGGCCCGCGGUCGGCGAGCUGGCAACACCGGGAUUACGUGAGUGCCUGCCGUCGGCAAAACUUCCCAACGCCGGGCUUAGGUUGGGUGUAUCCUCAGUGCCGCACGUGA